AUGAGGCGGAAAUUGCUCACCACUAACUUUGGGUUGGCACUAAUGUUGAUCGGUACCUCAUGUCUCAGCACUCAUACCAUUACAUCUGUCUCAGCAGCACCUGCAGAACCAAUCUCAACGUCUUCUACAACGGAAUUCACCCAACAAAGUCUUAUAGGAGGUCAUACUACUUCUGGAAAUAUCAUUAGGUCGAUCGGUUUCCGACUUUGCGACACGGAACCCGAAACACAGUCAACAGAACAAAUCAUAUUAUCAAGUUUCCAUCUAUUGUACAAUGGGCAAGCUAACACGAUUUCACUACAAGCAGAGGGGUCAACAGAGCAUGAGUUGAACGUAACUUUAGCCCGUAUCAUUCUAUCAGCAUACGAUCGUGUCGUUUAUAAUCAAACAAUGCAAUUCAGCAAAUCAGGGCCUUCCGUAUUUCGAUUCAGUGGCCAGUUUUCUUUCCAGGAGACAUUUCCAGUACCAGCAUUGCUCCCAGAGCAAGUUCCCAAGCAGCUCUUCUUGCUUCCAGCUGUAGAGGCUCUUGCUUCUAUCCAACUUUAUAACUCACAAGGUCAUUCAAUUCUCUGCACUUCAGUCCCACUCACAAAUGUCGUUAGCAUUCAUUCUCCUGCCAUCACUAUUGCCUCUCUUUCUAUCACUGCAGCCGCCAUUGCUCUUGCUGCGAUUUCUGGGAUUGUGGCUUCCUUCACUUCUGUAGCCUUGCUGACAUCAAUGUCCAUUGCAUCAGUUAAUGGCGGAAGCAUAGGCAGCUCAGGCGUCAACCCAUCUAAUAGUGGACUAUCACCUUCUGUCUGGGACGUAAUUUCUUUCUGUCAAUUUAUUUCUACAUCAGGGUCAUUGAACUUGGCUUAUCCUGAAUUAUUACAACAAUGGACUCAGAACUUUGCUUGGAGUAUGGGCCUUUUUUCGUCUGAGAGCUGGAAUAAGGCAAUCAACGAUUUAAGGUACAGGACAUCAGACAGACCAAUCAACCCAAGUUCAUUUUCAGGAUCGGGGGAAAAGACCAUGUAUAGUAGUAAGGUUGGCGGCUCUAGUAAUGACCCAAGCAGAACCAGCGCCUCCAGCGCCUCUGUAACGUUAUCAGAUGAUGGCAACAAGAGUGUCACUAUUACAUCAAAGGAGCACACCACGGAUAACACCACAAAACCUUCUGCCAAGGACUUUUUGCCCUCUGGCAGUAUUUCUAGGACAGGGGUUGCCGCCAUAAAGCCCAAACUUGAUGCUUCAAAAUUAGUCGCCUCGGCCAGGGUAUUGUCUCAAAAUGCUGUACAGGAUUUUCAGAAACGUCAGGUGGAGAUUGUAAUCCCACCGUCCUCUGCUUCACUCUUUUAUACUGAUCCAGCACCCGCCUCUGCUACAGCUGUUGUCUCUUCGAGCCAAGCACUUCCGUCUGUUUCAGCAUUUCAGGCAGGUGCAAGCCUUUCACCAUCUUUGAUUGACCACUCUCUCAUGGAGCGACAUGAGAAUAUAUCUUUUGUUUCUCAUGCAGUUUCCCCUCUGCAUUCUGCUCCCUGGCUUCAGGAAGAUUACCACUCUGUGACUAAUGCUCUGGCCCCCCCUGGCCUUAACGCGUUUGGCCAACGCCUCGACAUCCCUGCCAAGAACAUGUUCAUGACGUCUUUUUUUCUUUUCUUGAUCUUGAUUCUCACCACAUCUCUUCUGGCUUUAGUCUUCCGCGUUGCAUUGGAAGGAUAUGCCUACAUUUAUCCGGGCAAGUUCACCAAACUUCGCCGACGAUUCGGUUUGUACUACCUUGGCAGUAUGCUCCGGGCUACCUUAUUGGCGUAUUUUGCACUGGCAACCAUGGCUUUCUAUCAGCUUACAUUGAAUGACUCCUGGGCAAUUAUGCUGCUGGCGGCCAUGACACUGAUUAUACUCUUCGUUACGAUUGUAUACUCUACUUUACGUCUCCGCCGUACUGGUAGCACCAGUUUGUAUUUUGAUGAACGCCUCAAAUCCAGAUACGGUGCUCUAUAUAACCAAUAUGUCCUCUCUGCCUGGUGGUUCUUUAUUCCUACUUUGAUUUACCAGACUUUGAAGGCUGGUAUUGUGGCAUUUUGCCAUGGAGGACAACAUGGUUCGACCAAGGCAUGGGUUCAGAUCAUCUCUUUACUUUUGACUGAAGCCUGUUUCACGGGACUGUUACUCUGGAAACGUCCUUUUGGAGACAAGGUUCCAAACCGCCUCAAUGGUGUUUUGGGCUGUAUCCGGGUCCUGAAUGUGGCCAUGCUGGCAGCCUUGGUUAAGGAUUCAUUAGUCCCUGCAAUCUCUAGAAUAAUUAUUGGCGCCAUGAUAGCUGGCACUCAAGCGCUGAUGAUGGUCGUACUCUUCGUCAUGGUCUUUUAUCAGCUUUUUAAGACUCUUGGGCAAUUAUGGAAAGCAUUGCAAACAAGGAAGGAGGUCAGGCAAAGGAAUAAACGCAGUAAUAUGAGCUCACUCAAUCAAGAAGUUCUUGUCUAUGUGAAAGGCGACCAUAAUCAUGAUGACUACGACGGUUCCUCUGAAGGCAGAAUGGCAAGCGAACGGAUUCGCGCCGAAAAUGAAAGCAUAACGACCUUGGUCGGGAUGAUGAGGGUCAAUUCAAAUCCCAUAAGGGAUUGCAUAUCUGCAAGUGACAAUGGAAAUGGUGGAUUUAAGAUAUCUGAAGACAAUUGUAAGCAAGGCACCAUCCCAGUUCGAUAUAAAACAACAGAAGCAGACAUGUUCAAGGCACGAGACAACAUCCGUGAUUUCAUCCGCGAUUCAACUCAGAGUACGGCGAAUCAGUCCUCUCUCAGCCUUGAUCACUAUAUUCCGCCAUACUUGCCUCCUGAUAUUAGGGGCAUAAUCCAGCAAUCUCAGCCAAAUCAGAUUCAACAGUCAGAAUCAGCGCAUGGUCAAGGUCAAGUAAAUCAGGCCAAUAGCAGCCAUGGCGAGGACAGCCCUGAAGCCAAUAUAGGCUCUCCUAUAGUGAAAUCCCGUCUCUCGUUUUCAAUAGUCCCCAGUGUUGCUCCUGAAGAGCCGUGGGUACAGUCUGCAUACAUGACGCGCCGUUUCAGUAACGACACUGAUAUUCACAGAAUGUCUAAUAUAAUCAUGGUAACCUCCACCAUGGCUAGAGCUACGGCCACAGCCACACCUGAGCACACGUUGGAGAUGAAGUGUCGACAGCAAGAGGACUGGGAAGAGGAGGAAAAAAGGCUGCAGAACGAAUCAAAGCAAAGCCAGUGCCUCCGCUCCUCAAUCACUGAUGGAAUAGAACCACGCCAAAGCCCCGGAUCCGGACUUUUUAUGACUUCAAGUCCAGCUGGGGCGAUAUAUCCUCGUCCUCGGGGCCCACAAUUAGACGAUCGCUGCAGCAUUCCAGCAAGGUCCGAUGUACUUCCUACAUUCCAAAAAACUUACAUCCCCGACAGCCUUCUCGUCCCACCGUCACCCCCUUCACAACCUAGAUUCACUUCUGCUUCUAUUACUGCAUUAGCUACCCCUCCACCCAUACCACCUAUUCGCCUAGGUUUACACGACCGUCAGGAGGAAGAGCUAAAAUCACUUGGAAAUAUUAAUGGUAGCUCGUUAGCCUAUAUUACUGCUACAAGAGACGAAAUUGGAAUAUCAGUGCCUUCAUUGAGAAGUGAUACCCUCAAUGUUGAACCUCGCCGCUUCCUAGACGAAUACCACUCCAUCGUGCGGGACAAACAAGACGAUCAGCGCACUUCAGCAAUCUUGGCAGCACAACGGAGCAUCCAUCCGCUAUCUCCGUUGCAUCCCGAUUAUCAGCACCCAGACGGCCUUUAUAGCGCAAGUACCUCAUCAUCUAAUGAAGUGGGCUCUACGCCCAGGCCGUCUCUCACCUCGAGUCCUGCCACUACUUCGGCUAACAUUUUUGCCACUACUCCACCUUCUUCUAUUACAUAUGUCCCUAACAGCUCAGAGAAUGGCAUAAGUUCACGCAGAGAUAUUGGCUCCGCUAGAGAUACAUAUGGAGGCACGGCAGAUACCCUUCAAAUCACAGUCGCGAGAGGCUUUCAUGAAGGGGAUCACCCUUCACUGAGUAACGUGGCCACAUCGGCAUCGGGAUCAAAUGCUCUAGCAACAAAGGCUACUGUAAACAUGGAUGCAACUACAGCUUCGACCGCAGCCAUGGUUGCCAGCUGUUCCACGCUCAAAAGUAAAUACUUGCGGCAGCAAACACCAACCUCCAUCUCUCAUAACAGCGGAAGGUUCACAUAUAGAGGUAUCCCCGAGAGAUGGAGGCGAUCCAAUUCCAGUGCUAUUACCCACAGAGGCAGCCUUAUACCCGUCGCCGUUAACCGUGCAAGGUCACCAUCGGUCAGCACCAGUACCAGCUAUGCAGUUAGAAGCCAACGGCGCAGCUCUUUGAAUUUAUCCGAAUGUUCAAUGCGAGAAUCGCUCACUCAAGAGCCACAUCCACAGAGUCGACCGCGUAUUUCAAUAAUACCAUUACCACUCUCGAAUUCACGCCGACCACUUACAGUUACACGCAGCACACGCGCAAGAUGCUAA